UUUAUACAGAAGGACAUCUGUUAUUUUUAUAUUCUUAUGAAGUUGUUUUACAGUUUGAAUUGAUAUAAUUAUUAUAAUGCUUGUUAAAUUUUAACAAAAACGUUUUCUGCACAUACAAUUAUUCUUGCAAUAUAUCAUUUUCUUUUCUUUUCACUGUAAACUUUCUAAAAGUAAAAUGAUUACAUCAACCAUUUAAACAGACUAGAAUUGUUUUUAUAGAUCAUUCUUGUUCAGGUUUAGCAUCUAUUUUUAGCAUGGUUGGUUUUAUUUUCUGUACUUUAUGUUGGAAUAGAUAAACUGAAUCAACCAUUUAGUAAUUUCAAUGUGUUGAAACCAGCUACUGAGAAUGUAUUGUAAUGUAAUUUUAACUGAGUGGGUGUAAGAAGAAUCAUAACCAACAACUCCAUGCAUCUUCCAUUAGACAUCAAGUAAGCAAAGCCCAACCCACUUAGUUACUGUUACUAUGGCUGCCAAACAACAACAGUUUACGUGGCAGAUUUACCAUAGACAUUUACAGUAGUUUUACAUUUUAACAGUUCAAGAGAAGUGAAGACAGUGUUUGGCUUUACUUUAUCCUGGAUAACAAUGGGUGGCGUUUCUAGAGUGUACAGCUCCUCAAAUCCAAGGAGGUGACAUACUGCGAGUUGAGGUUUUGGCUCGUCCGUAGCAGGAAACAAUGGUGGCUCACCUGGUCACACACAAUCUCGUAUCCCAGAUUUUAGUUAACAAUACAGUGUUUGAAGAUGGAAUCACUGAAGACAAGGUCUCUCUGGUUCCUCGCUGCCUUCCUCUUCCUGUCAGCUGUUCUCACAGUGGCUGAGGUGGUAAAGGAGGUGUCAGACUGUGACCAGUUUCUCCUUGAGAAAGCUCCACCAGAGCUCCCAGGCAUCUUGGAGGGCCGGAACAUCAAGGACCAGAACCGGUACAAACCCAUUUGCCAGACUUACAAUAAUGACAGAAAGUUUCUGACACUCUACGACACCAAGAACAGGAUUCCAGUGUUUUCUGCUUACAAGUACAGAGGGAAGGGAGAAAGUAGGAGACCUCCAAACAACUGGAAGAUAGAGCCACAGCUUGAAUACAAUGAUGACAAGAACAUGAUGCUUGGAGAAAGAAACAAAACCUACAACAACCAGGCCGGAGACAUUGAUUACAGAAACAAUGGACGGUUCGAUAGGGGCCAUUUAUUUCCAAGCUCUCAUGCGUUCAACAAAACAGAUAAAAAGUCCACCUUCACCCUGACCAACAUCGUUCCACAAGUAAGCUCAUUCAAUCAGGGAAGCUGGAACAAAAUGGAGACGUGCAUCAAAUGCAUAAUGGACAAAUACUGCAUCAACAACAAUGGUGCUAUUGAAGGCUUUGUGGUGACUGGAGCACAACCCAGCCCCAAAAACAUCCUCAAGAACAAGGUUAAUAUUCCCUCCAUGCUCUGGUCCGCAUUCUGCUGCUACAGCGUCAACAUGAAGGAGUGGAUUGCGAGUGCGCACUGGAGCAAGAAUGUUCCAGAUAAACCUAAAAACAAAUAUCUGCAAGCCAAGACUCUGGAAGAACUCCAUCAACAGCUGAGAUCAGCAGACUCUGAAUUUAAAGUGUUUCCUGGAACUCAUUGUCCUCUCCGCACAACUGUUACUGAGUUUUACCCAGAAAUAAAUGACUGUCACUGUUCACCCUCCAUUUCAACCACUUCUUCCACUCCCACCUCAACAUCUGGCCAUCCCACCCCCACAUCUGGCCCUCCCACCUCAACAUCUGGCCCUCUCACCCUAACGUCUGGCCCACUCACUCAAACAUCUGGCCCUCUCACUCCAACCUCUGGCCCUCCCACCUCAACAUCUGGACCUCCCACCUCAACAUCUGGCCCACUCACUCCAACAUCUGGCCCUCCCACCUCAACAUCUGGCUCUCCCACCUUAACAUCUGGCCCACUCACCCAAACAUCUGGCCCUCUCACCCCAUCGUCUGGCCCACUCACUCAAACAUCUGGCCCUCUCACUCCAACAUCUGGCCCUCCCACCUCAACAUCUGGCUCUCCCACCUCAACAUCUGGCCCUCUUACCUCAACAUCUGGCUCUCUCACCCCAACAUCUGGCCCACUCACUCAAACAUCUGGCCCUCUCACUCCAACCUCUGGCCCUCCCACCUCAACAUCUGGACCUCCCACCUCAACAUCUGGCCCACUCACUCCAACAUCUGGCCCUCCCACCUCAACAUCUGGCUCUCCCACCUCAACAUCUGGCCCACUCACCCAAACAUCUGGCCCUCUCACUCCAACCUCUGGCCCUCCCACCUCAACAUCUGGACCUCCCACCUCAACAUCUGGCUCUCCCACCCCAACAUCUGGCCCACUCACCCAAACAUCUGGCCCUCUCACUCCAACAUCUGGCCCUCCCACCUCAACCUCUGGCCCACUCAUUGUAAACAUCUGGUGGGGUAAAUUAGACGACAGUGACCGCAAGCAUCCGGAUGAUUAAUGGGAAAAAGACCUUACCCCCCCCCCUUAUUAUUUUAUUGCUAUAUGCUUCAACCGGAAGACACCAAAUGUACAUGAUUUAUAAAAUUUGAAUAAGAUAAAAAACAAAAGAAAGAAAAAUCCUGAUUGUAAA